AUGCCGGCGCCGCGCGACUACGUCGUGGUCAACGGCCUGCGAUACGUCCAGCCCUACUUCCACACCUUCGACAUCCGCGUCAGCGACAAGCGCGUCGGGUCCUCGGUGCUCGCCGCCCUCGACGAGCAGGUGCGAUUUCAAGGACGCGUCGGCGACGGCAGGGAGCACUGGGCGCGAGAGCUCGCCUCCGGGCGCGUGCGUCUCGCGUCCGACGUCCGUCGAAGGCUGCCGACGGGCGGCGAGAUCCCGGAGGAGUGGUUCGCGGCGCCCGUGUCGCUGGACGCGCCGGUCCCGCCGGACUCGUUCUUUCGCGUCGUUAGGCACGUCCACGAGCCGUGCGUGGGAUGCGAAGUGCCGCGCGUGCUCCUCGAGGAUUCCAAGCUGGUCUUCGUGGACAAGCCCGCGGGAGUGCCCACGCUCGCGGGCUGCGGACCGAAGCUCCAGGGGGAGAACAACGCCACCAGGCUGCUCAACAGGACCCGCGCCGAGAACGCAACAGGAGCCGACGACGGGGAGCUCUUCGCCGUGAACCGCAUCGACAAGCCCGUGUCUGGCGUGUGGAUCCUCGCCAAAGGGUCCAGGCUCGCCGCCAGAUGCCGCGCGGCGCUCGCCAAGCCCGGGCACGAGACAAAGACCUACCUGGCGAGGGUGCGGGGCGCCGUGGUCGGACCGAUCCGAAUCGACGCGCCCCUCUCCGUCGGCGCCGACGGCCGAGCGACGACGUCCGGCGGCGCAGACGCCAAACCGGCAGUCACGCUCGUACACCCCGUCGCGAGAUAUCCACCCCCGUGGGACGAUUGCACCCUGGUGGCGUGCAGGCUGGAACGUUCUGGACGGUUCCAUCAGAUUCGAUGCCACCUCGCGUCCGUCGGGGUUCCGAUCGCCAACGACGCGACCUAUAACGAGUCGGGGGCGGAAGAAUCGACAAACGAUUCUUCGACCCGCGCAAUCGACGACGGGGGCGGGACCGAGGUGUACGCCGACGACGACGACGGCACCUUACUCGCGUCCAUCACGGAGCCCGGGGUGUUUGCGGCGACGUGCCUCGAGUGCGGGUGGGCGGCGGCGGCGGCGGCGGGGGAUAGACGCGCGUUCGACCCGCGAUUGAGGGCGGCGUGCGCGGCGGAGUGGUGCGACCGAGUGGGACGUGAUGGUGGGACCGAGUGGGAGCGGGCGCAGGACGUGAAGCGUCGCGGGAAUGUGAAGCGUCGGCGCCGCGAACGAGACGGCGACGGGUCCGGGGACGACGGGUCCGGGGACGACGGGUUUGGGGAUGGGUCAGCGGCGGAGAGGCCGAGGGCGGGGACAUCGAUUGACCUGCACUCGGCCGAGUACCGAAUCUGGUUCGACGGCGCCGAGUACAAAGUUCGAAGCGAAGCGCUGCCGGCGUUCGCGAUACGCGCGCUGGGCGCCGACGCGACGAUCGACGGCGUGGUGGACGCGCUGCCGUGGGCCGGGGAGGGCCUGGAAGCCGCCGGACGCGCGCGGCGAAAGUAG